AAGAUAAAACUGCUAAAAAAAUAAUGGUGACGGGAAGAGUUUUGAAUAAUGAUAAACAGCGGUUUUACCCAUUUACCCAUAAUGCCGUUGGGUAACUGAAGUCGCUCGAGCCGUCGCCAUUUUUCUUUUGCACGUGGAAAAGGAGUUUGAUUUAUAGGCGAAAAUGGCUACAGACGCCGCUGAUAUCGACCUGUAUGCCGGGGUAGACGAGCUAGAUCAUGAGAUGAACCAUCAUGAACAACCCAGUGAUGAUCUAUAUGAUGAUACACUUACAACAUCUGCAGAACAGCAAGCAGAGGAUGAGGCGUUACAAGGCAUCGUUAGUUAUUCAGGCGAUCUUGUGCAGCCUCCGACAGAAGCCUCAUCUGGGCCAGGCUCUAAUUAUGAGUACAAGUCGUACACUACUGUGCACCCUAAAUCAGCAGCAUCUCUGGCAGCACAGAGUAGCUAUGAAAGACCAAGAGGAAAGCCCUUGUAUGUUGGCAAUUUGACUUGGUGGACAACAGACCAGCAGCUUACAGAAGCAUUACAGGAAUGUGGUGUCACUGACUUGAUCAACAUCAAGUUCUUUGACAACAGAACCAAUGGACAGUCAAAGGGGUUUGCCAUGAUUGAACUUGGAUCAGACAAAUCUAUAGAGAUGGUCACAGAGCGGCUUCCUAAAUUUGAUAUAGAAGGACAAAAUCCUGUUGUUACACCAGCCACAAAGCAGCACUUGCAUGAGUUUGAAGCCCAACACCGUGCAAAAGCACCAGGAACAGCCUUCCAAGGUGGGGGGGAUCCCUAUCAGGGGGUCCCUGGAGGCCCUGGCUUUGGACCCCCUGGAUUUGACAGAGGGAGAGGUUUCCGUGGAGGAUUCCGAGGACGUGGUGCACCAAGGCCCGGCAUGGGACGAGGCUUUGAGCAUGGAGAAAUGGGGAGAGGUGGCCCAUGGAUGGGUCCUGGUGGACCAAUGGGUCCCAGACAACCACCACCUGGCAUGAUGCCUCCCUAUGGGGGUCACCCUCCCCAGGGUUAUGGCAUGGCACCAGACAUGACAGGCUACGGGCAAAUGGACAAGCCACCUGCUAUCAUGCCACCUGUAUCCAUGCCCCCCAUGCAUCACCCUGGUAUGGCAUAUGGUGGAGCCCCACCUAUGCCACACCCUGUUGUUGCUCCUCAUGUCAACCCUGCUUUCUUUCCUGAGGGAGCCCCUCCUGAUUUUGCUGGUGCAGCAAGAAUGGACCAUGCGCUGUUGGCCCAGUACCAAGCAAGGCCAGGUAUGAACUACAUGCAAGGUGAUGACUAUGCAGAAUCAAUGAAGCGCAACCAAGCACUUGCCAGCACUGCCAUCAAGAGGGCCAUGUCAGACGCGAAUGCAGGUGACUACGAGAGCGGCAUAGAGACCCUGGUGACGGCAGUGUCGCUCAUCAAGCAGUCCGUCUCCGCAAAUGAAGAGAGCUGCCUUGUGCUUGUUCAAAGCCUGCAGAGCUGCCUGCAGGGCCUGGAGUCUCAGCUGCUUGAGAGAAGUCAUCGCAAAGAUCGCGACGACGACGACAGAGAGAGAAGACACCGGCGACGCCGAUCCAGGUCGCGAUCACGUGACCGCCGCUCGAGAUCACGUGAACGGCGGUCCAGAUCACGUGAACGCCACCGCAGUAGACGCGAGAGGUCGGAGCGCAGUCGGGAAUAGAGUUAGAGAUCGGAGUGCAUUUGCAAGCAGGUUGCGGGAUAGGAAGUAAGCCGGGAGUAGGCUAAGAGAUCGGAGCGCAUUCGGGUAUUAUACAGAGAUCGGAGUGUUCGCGGUUUGAUCGUAGAAGUGGUUAAGUCUAUUUGGAAAGUCAAUGCAUAACUUAACUUAAUAUGAUGGAAAUAUUUUUUGACAGAGAGUAUUCCGAACCUUAGCAAGCAUUCAAAAUGGAUCAUCCGAUUCCCGAGUCUACUUUCUGUCGUUUUAAACACCUAUUGUGGUAAAAGGCCGUAAAAGCGACGUGUAAAUAACAUUUUUUCAUUUUUCUGUUUCUUUCCUUAACUUUCUUUCGCUUCUUUGUUGUUUUUUCAUUCUCCUCGACGUGUAAAUUAAGGUUUAGUUAAUUGAGACCUCGUCAUUUUAGCGUUGUGUACGUAACUUAUCUAAUAGUCUCAAAAGUGUAAAAUAAACCUUUUUUUAAGAAG